ACACGGCCCGUCCGCGCACCACCCCCCAAACGAUGGUAAGAUUCCAUCGUUCUCCAAAAGAAUCUCUGUAGACCAUAAUGAACAUAUAGUUUCAGAGGAUAUUUCGGGAAGAUCGGGUCAAAACCAGCAUCUCCAACUACUGCUUUCUCAGACACCGUUUCCUCCCCACAAAACCCCACCAAAUGCCUCUUCCUUAAUUACCUCUUCUCCGCCUUCGCUCUCGCCUCUUCUGUUUGGGCGUUGCGUAGAUAUGACGGCGCCCAACAUCGAAAUGAUUUCUGUUUUUCUUAGGAGUUGCGAUCUGGGGAGAGUCGGAGCGACUCAUCUCGCGGAGGUGAGCGAUGAGAGCGCGGGGGAAGUCACGGUGGAACUGAACUCGGAGACGGCGCUCCCUUGUCACUGGGAGCAGUGUCUAGACAUGCGGUCGGGGCAAGUCUACUACAUCAACCGGGAGACUGGGAUCAGGACGACCAAGGACCCAAGAACCACCGUCGCCAUCGCCGCCGCCGCCGCCGCCUCCUAUUCGUCGAGCUACCAGUCCAAGCAAGACUCCUCCUCUGAUGACAGCUGCUCCGAAAUCGGCGGCAGCGACGACGACGAGGACAGCGUCGAUACCGCCAACUCCUGCGUCACCUCCCUCUCAUCCACCUCCUCCACAGAUACUGCAGCAGCGGCCGGCGGCAGCCAAAUCCUCGUUUCCGCCGGCUGCCGCUCCUGCUUCAUGUACUUCAUGAUCCCGAAGAGCGUCGACGCCUGCCCCAAGUGCGGCAGCGGCGGCUUCCUCAAACUUGGCCGCCACGGCUGCGUCUGAACUGCUCGACCCCUCGAUCUUGUUCUUGUGUGUCGGAUCAAUCCAGCGAGAAAAGAUCGACCUUUUUCUAGCUUCUGACCACCGCUGUGAGCAUCUAAGAACAAGAUGUACUCUUUCUGAUUUCUUCUUCGGCACUCUUUGACAAGGCUUUCUUUCUUCUCCUAGGAGCAGCAAUCACGAACACGGGUUUCCUUCUUUUUUUCUUGGUGCCAUUCUUUAUGCCAACAUGGGGUUCAGAAUAAAGGCUUUGGCUUCUGACAACUGUUCAUCACCUUUCUGUGGCUGUGUCCCGAGUUAAUUAAUAC